UUGAUGGCAGUAUUUUUUUGUGCAGACAAUAUGGCAGCGCCCAUAGCAUCAACACGCUGCCUGUGUUUUUCAUUGAAUCCUGGCUUCAUUAAUUUCAGAUAUUUUCAGUGAUAGAUCAUUGAUUAUAUCGAAUUUUGAGUUUCGUGAGUUAUUCAGCCAACAUUUUUUGAGACAUUUAUCUUUGUUUGAAAAAAGUGAUCCUAUAAGUGAGCUAAGGCUAAGCUAUAAAAAAUGUCGAUGUCGCAUGAGUUCCCGUGUGUGUGGCGAAUAGAGAAAAGGAUUGCGCAAUCACUCGAAAACGAAAACAUCGGGGAGUUGGUGGAGGACAGUGAGUUGGAGCUCUGUGAAGAAUGGAUAAGGGAAUUUGUCCCUAAUGACUUCGAUCUGGACAAAGAGGAAGUAAGUAAGUUCCUGUUAUCAUUCGUGACUGGCAAUUACGAGCAGGUGAUUACUUCAGUCAUCACCGGUCAGAUCCUUGCCAGAACUCCCCACCAAGAUGUUACACAGCAGAUUUCAAGAAAUGUCACAGAUUUUGUGGGGCAACGCGAACAGCCGAGGGAAAAAGUUUUCAGGCAGUUCUUAGUAGCAUGUGUGGGUAUCUCGAGUUUGCAGCUGUUUGUUCAAAAUAAUUGGACCGGACCAUUGACAGGCAAACCUGUAAUAAAUCUUCUGUCAGAAAAUCUUCAUGUUCAGCAGAAGGAUAAAGACAUACGGGACAUAGCCAAAUCUGCCCUCUGUCCUGACGAUUGUUCAAUAUAUCCUUUAGUUUGCUUGCCGGAACUACUUCUUAUUGCACGAUGUGUUUUUAUAGAAUGUAGUGAUCAUGUUGCCCUUUGUAAGACAGCAGAUUGGUGGAGGUUACGAUGCCUAUGGGUACAGCAACAACUCUUAGAUGAGAGAUCACCUCAACUCUUCAGUCUCAUAUUACCAUUAAUCAAUUCAAUCCAAGAAGAUGAGAUACUGAUGUCUCCUGAACCAGACUUCUCUAUUCCUCUCAUGUUUCAUCUGGAAUGUAGUUAUAUCUUUACCUAUUACUAUGAAUACAAGAAGGGAACUGAAUACAUUGCAAAUGCCAAAAAGCUGGCUGGAAUAGAAGUGGGACUGACAGGUGCCCUCGGGAAGAGAACUCGAUUCCAGGUUGAUGAUAAACCUCAGCUUAUUCUUAAAGUGACAAGAGAUGAUGAAAGAGAUAGAGAAUCAGUAUCACAAUCAUUACCUUCUACCACAGAAUGGUUGCCAAAGGAUUUGAAUCUUGAUGAUGAUACGGUAUUGAAUGCCAUCAAGUUUAAAGAAGAGACUGAUGGAGAUCUCCCUCCUCUAACGAGCCUAGAACAAGCAAUCGUCCUUGGGGUUUGUAUGGAACACAAGCGAUCAAGACCAAAGGAUCUACUUGUGUCUGAAGAGUUGAUGUCAUAUGCAGUGGGUUUGCUGAGACAACCUCAGAUGUGGAUAAUACAAACCCUGUCAUUGAGACUCAGAUGUUUGCUUGAGAAGGACAAAGGAAGGACUGUGGAACGUGCUAUGAUGCAAAUGCAGGUUCUGGUGGAUCAAAUUCUGAGUACAACUUGUCCUGUAAGAGAGAGGUUAAAACUCUUCUAUGCUGUCAACCUACCUCCUAAAUGGGCAUUAGAGGGUGAGCUAGCAGGAUUGCUCGUUAGCAUAGGCUGUGUGAGUGAUGCCUUAGAGGUCUAUAUCAGACUAGAGCUAUUUGAAGAUGUAGUGAAAUGCUACAAGAUCAUGAAGCAGCCUGAAAAGGCCAUCCACAUAAUCGAGCAUGAGCUGGCUAAGAAGGAGACAGCCCUCAUGUGGUGCCUCUUAGGGGACGUGACGCUGGAGAAGAAGUAUUACGAGAAGGCAUGGGAGGUGUCCGGUCAAAAGUCAGCAAGAGCAAUGAGUUCACUGGGUACUCUCUACCUUCAUGAAGAGGAAUUCCCCAAAGCAAUAGAGUGUUUAGAGCUGUCAUUAGAAAGGAACUAUCUGCAGUAUAGUACCUGGUUCAGUCUUGGCUAUUGUGCGUUCCAGAGUGAGAAGUAUGAGAUAGCCAUUAAAGCUUACCGUCGAUGUGUACAGCUUGAAACAGAUGAUUAUCAGUGUUGGAAUAAUCUUGCAACAGCCUUCAUCAAGCUCAAUGACAAACCCAAAGCCUUCAGAACCUUACAAGAAGCUCUCAAAUGCAACUAUGAAAACUGGAAAAUAUGGGACAACUUUCUCGGAGUGAGCAUUGAUAUUGGUGAGUUUGCAGAGAGCAUCAGAGCUUUUGGACGUCUCCUUGACCUAAAGGAGAAGUAUGUUGAUGAAGCAGUUCUUGGGGUCAUGGUGAGAGCAGUGCUUGAAGACAUGAAGGAUCGCCAUGGUGAACCGGCUGGCUUACUGAAACCCAAAAUCUUAGAGCUAUUUGGUAGGAUCACAUCACAGGUGACUGCUAAUCCUAUAGUAUGGAGUCUGUAUGGGAAACUACUAGGGGGAUGCCAGACAGAAAACCUUGUAGAGAAUGACAAAGCUCUUCAGUGCUUACAGAGGGCUCACCGACUAAUCACACAGGAUGAACAGUGGCACAAAGAGGUUGACAAGGUCAAAGAGGUCAUAGGUCAAACACAAGAACUUGCAGAAGCUUAUGAGCACUGUAGUAAGCAAAAGACAAGUAAUCCACAGGCCAUCCAGUUACUCUCAUCAGCUAAGCUUAUGAUCAAAUCAAUCAUCUCAAAGAUCAAGAAAGAGCAUUAUGAUGAAACGAUUCCACCACCAUCAUGGGCCGAGCUAAGUCAACCUGUUGAGGGAUUAGAGUCCAAACUACAAGAACUGCUCGAUAGAAUAUCAGAAUUGAAAUCAGGCUGAACGAUACCUGUCCUCUUAUCAAAUUCAUUUUGAGUUAUAAGAUUUCUUGGUUGAUGUUAGAAAAUCUUUCUAAAUAAUGAAGCAAUGGAUAGUUGUCUCCAAGUCUUACUUAAUAUGUACAUUGUCAGAGUGAAUUACACAUAUUUGAUUAUUCCCAUUCGUAACAUAAAAACAAUAUGUCCCCAAUGGAUAAUUGUCCGUUCACUCACACAUCUGUUUUCUUUAAUAGGCUCAGGUUAAUAUUUAAAGCAUUUGUAAUGGAUUAGGAAGUUUGUUGUGGUUGGCACUUUCCUAUUGCCGGUAUGAAACUUCCCUUUGACUCUUGUGAGUUUGAUUUGGUUGGAAAUGGGAAUAAUAUCUGGGGUUUUUAUAUUUCUUAGUUAUGUAUCUGAAACAUAUUUUUAAAAGUCAUAAUAUUGUAAGAGGUGAUCAUUUGAGUCACAAUAUUCCAGUGUUAUAUCACACAGCCCUUUAUAUAUUCCUACAAGUAAGAUCUGCUUGUGGAAUCAUCUUUUAGGAGUAAUCCUGGGAGGCAUCUUUUCUGAUUUUAUUAUCACAUUGUUUUGUCUAUGCUAAAACAGCUUUAUGAAACAUGUUGUCUUGCUCUCUUCAAAGAGAUUUUUACCAUUAA